GCGCUGUCUUUCUGUAAAUAAAUUUAAUCCCUCGCUCAAUCGAGCAAAAAUUCAAUUUACUAAUUUAUCCUCCCAUGGCUGAAGAAACCCUAACCACUUCCAUGGUCGCCACCGUCUCCGGCGCUAGAAAAAUCCCUUUCCGCUCCAAAAAGAUACGCACAUCCUCAACCAAUUCCUCCUCAGCCUCCGAACCCUCUAAGAAACCCCGCCUCCUCCUCCCCCUCCCCCUUCCCCUCUCCCUCUCCAUCGCCGGCGAGCUCGAUUCCGCCCUCCGCCAUCUCACCACGGCCGACUCCCAACUCGCCGCCAUUAUCAAAUCCUUCGAACCCCCCUCCUUCGACAACCUCAACACGCCCUUCCUAUCUCUUUCCCGCAGCAUCCUCUACCAACAGCUCGCCACAAAGGCCGCCGCAACAAUCUACGCCCGCUUUCUUUCCCUCUGCGGCGGCGAAUAUUCCGUCGUCCCCGACGUCGUUCUUUCUCUUACCCCGCCGCAGCUCCGUCAAAUUGGCGUCUCCGCCCGCAAGGCCUCGUAUCUUCAUGACCUCGCAAGCAAGUACCAAUCCGGAUUCCUCUCUGAUUCCGCCAUCGUCUCUAUGGACGAUGAAACCCUUUUUUCCAAGCUUACGAUGGUGAAGGGAAUCGGGCCUUGGUCUGUCCACAUGUUCAUGAUCUUCUCCCUUCACCGACCGGACGUGCUUCCUGUGGGCGAUCUUGGCGUUCGCAAGGGCGUUCAGAUUCUUCAUGGACUGAAGAAGAUUCCCGAACCAGCGGAGAUGGUGGAGCUCUGCGAGGGGUGGAGACCGUAUCGGUCGGCUGGAGCUUGGUACAUGUGGCGGCUUGUUGAGGCCAAUCGAAAGGCCGGAAAGGCAUCGAUUUGAAGAGCUGUAGAUGUGGCGGUGAAGCUGGAUCUCUGUAUUAGCUUCAGCGGCCCAACUGAUGAGAUAUAA